AUGUCGUCCACCACGUCCGACGAGAAAACGGAGCCGAAGAGACAACAGCUUCUCGACAUGGAGGAGCUGCAGGCCAGUAUUCCCCUGACAUUGAAAGAGCUACGCACCAAGAACUCGCGGCUCUUCGAAGAUGUCCUUCCCCUCGUGGCGUCCGGAGUCUACGACCAACUCAAGGCUUUCAAGGCCCGCUCACAGGCCACUUGUCCUGAUCUGAAAGCCGACCACCUUACGCAUUUCAUCAACAUUGCACUAGCCAAGAUCGACGCCGAUGUCGCUGUUGCGAGAAGGCUCAUCCAGAAACGCCUUCGCGGGCAUAGGCCCGACGCACGGGAGGCGGCGAGCAUGAUCGACAAAGAGAUCAAGAAGUGGGAGCUGCUGGGUAGGAAGCUGACUGAGACUGUUACUGAGUGUAAGGGUGCUGAAGAAGUCACCUGUCAUGCGGAGGACGGCGAAGAAGCGGAGCUCCAGGAGCAGCAGUUGGAUUCUUCAGAGUUGGGUGCUGAUGAUUAUGACGCUGUGCUUCGAGUGCGUCAGGCACUAUUCUAUAACUUCAUUGGUGCAUCGCGAGAGGAGAGGGAUGCUGCUGCGGAGUCUAAUCUUGGGGCGUCGGGAAUGGUGGACUUACAAACGUCGGCAGGUCGGAGCCUUGCUCAGGCGUUGCUGUUGAAUUGGAGUCGCGGGAUCUUCUAG